AUGAUCAGACCAAUUCGGAUAUAUAUAGGACACAAAAGAGUACUCGCAGCACGGAGCACGGAUGGAAGAUACAAAUACAUAGUCUAUGGAUUAGGAGCAAAGUUGUCGGUGAAAGUAGAAAUGCAACGGCCACAAGGGCUGAAUAGGGGGUUAAUUAAAGAUAAAUGCGGAGAAAGAGAAACAAGAUCGCAGUGCGGAGAAAACAAGGAAUCUUGGGCAUGGAAUUGUGCUAUGACUCUGGGCAUUUACUUUGACCAGUGCUUUGCACUGUCGCCAAUCAAUAAAAAAAAAGACAUUUACUUUGAUAUUAGAGAGCUACCAUUAUAUCCUUUUGAUGCCACCCGACCAAGUAUUAUUUUGUCAGAGCAACAAUAUCGGCAUAUCAAGAGCUUUAAUGUCAUAGUGUUUGCAAGCUGUCAUUUCUUAGUCCAUGGCAAUUAUAUCAAAUCCUCGACUAUCUUUUCAACAGGUCAACAGUAUAUGGUAGGAAGUAUUGUUGUAUUCAACAGUUUUACGAAAUGA